AUGCGCCGUCAAUUGUUCUGGAGCGGUUACGUCCUGUUGGCGCUGACCGCCGGGGCGGCAGUGACCGUCGUCGCGGUCCCGCUGGCCGAGCCCGCAGCGCCGGACGCGGCGGAGGACGUGGUGACGUACGACCAGCGGCAGAACGGCACCGAGAACGUGCGGAUCAGCCUGAGCGACCUGAAAGUGGUGCUGGCCCCGGCCGACGGCCUGUUCCAGAUCAUGUCCAUGGCCGGCGCGCAGUUUCUCAACUCGGAGUUGGCAGGCGCAGCGUCGGAACACCGGCCGACGGGUGUCGAGUGCACCGGGUUCAAGUGCAACAACCGGCAUAGGCAGGCCGCCAAGAAGAAUCGUUUCAAACUCUCGAGUCUUAUAGCACCACUGUUAAACAGCCAAGCCGAACAGAAAAUUGCAGAAUCAGAAAGUAUUAGUAUCAACAACAAUAAUACUAAUUAA